UAUAUACUUUUCAUCCAUGCAAAGGACCCUUUUAUAAGUUUCAUUUGUUUCAAACAACAAUCUUUUUGAUAAAAAAACAUUCAUCUUAAAAAGAUUACAUAGUUGUUUUGUUGUGAAAAUCUUGGUAAAAAGAAACUUUGAUGGCUACUCGUAGGUAUGCUUUUGGAAGGGUUGAUGAGGCUUACCAUCCAGAUUCUAUUAGAGCUACCAUAGCUGAAUUUGCUUCCACUUUCAUCUUUGUCUUUGCUGGAGAAGGCUCUGGCCUUGCUUUGGUUAAGAUUUACCAAGAUUCAGCUUUCUCAGCUGGUGAAUUGUUGGCAGUUGCACUAGCACAUGCAUUUGCUCUAUUUGCUGCUGUGUCUUCCAGCAUGCAUGUAUCUGGUGGUCAUGUCAAUCCAGCAGUGACAUUUGGUGCUCUCAUAGGUGGCAGGAUCUCUGUCCUUCGUGCUGUCUACUAUUGGAUUGCUCAACUUCUAGGUGCUAUUGUGGCUGCCCUCUUGCUUAGGCUUGUCACUAAUAACAUGAGACCAGGAGGGUUUCACCUGGCAAGGGGAAUUGGUGUAGGACAUGGACUUAUACUUGAGAUUAUCAUGACAUUUGGACUAAUGUACACAGUAUAUGCAACUGCAAUUGAUCCCAAAAGGGGCAGUAUUGGAGCCAUUGCACCUUUAGCAAUUGGACUCAUUGUUGGUGCAAAUAUCCUUGUUGGUGGUCCAUUUGAUGGAGCAUGCAUGAACCCUGCACUUGCUUUUGGCCCUUCUUUGGUGGGAUGGAGAUGGCACUACCACUGGAUCUUCUGGGUUGGUCCAUUCAUCGGUGCAGCAUUGGCAGCACUCAUAUAUGAAUAUCUUGUGAUCCCAACUGAGCCACCUCAUGCACACCAGCCUCUUGCUCCUGAAGAUUACUAGUUACCUACUUCUGUUUAUCAUUGUGUGUUUGUCAUUAGUGUCUUGUUUGUUGUAUCAUUUCGUUUUUACGACUUUUUUUUGGUUUAGUUUCAAUUGAGCCAAUAUGCUGUAUUUUUCUACUGUUCUUGGGGUCUCAGCUUAUGUGUAUCUGUGUUGUAUUGUGUGCUGCAAAUAGUGAAUAAAAUGAUAAAAUUGGCAUCA